AUUUCUGACGAACCACUUUUACAGUGACUCAAAACGUCAUUGAUUUGGAGCAGUAAACCAACAUUGACUGUUGUAAUGGCAGGGGGAGGGGCAGCAGGUGUGGACCUCAGCAGGAAGUUUGUGUCGGAGGCAGAACUCGAUGAGAAGAGAAAGAAGAGACAGGAGGAGUGGGAGAAAGUCAGGAAACCUGAUGACCCAGAGGAGGCCCCAGAAGAGGAGUACGACCCACGUUCCCUUUUUGAGCGACUGCAGGAGCAGAAAGACAAGAAGCAAGAGGAAUAUGAGGAGCAAUUCAAAUUCAGGAACAUGGUGAGGGGAUUGGAUGAGGAUGAGACCAGCUUCCUGGACGAGGUCUCCCGGCAACAGAGCCUGGUAGAGAAGCAACGCAGGGACGAGGAGAAGCAGGAACUGUUGGAAUACAGAAGCGCUCUAGUGAAGCAAGCAUCCACUGAAAGCCGCAAAGAGCCUGAAAAGAAGACAGCACCUAAACAUUCAGGGUCAGAGCAAAGGACCAGCCACCUGUCCCAGGCCCAUUUAUUGGCUGGGGCUGUAAAGAGACGCAGUUCCUCCCAGUCAUCAGACAGCAGUAAGAAACAGAAGGUGGAAAUCACAACGACAGGAAAUGGAGACAGACACACAGAACAGGAGGGAGGAGCAGGAGGAGGAGCAGGGGGAGCUGAAGAUCAACAGACAGUCCCCGGCCUGACGGCAAAGAGCCCCUCAGCUCCCCUGAGCUCCAGUCAAGGUGUGUUACACCUGCCGUCGGCAGCCGUGUGCGUCGGCGUUUUACCGGGACUGUGGGUUUAUUCUGGCAGCAGCGACUCUGACAGCAGCUCGGACAGCGAAGGUAGCGUGGAUACAAUCAUGUUGCCGUACCCCCGGCACAGCAGGGCUUACAGAUAGACACACAACAGCACCCACACAUAUACACACACACGUCUUCAGCAUGUUUGCCUGCCUUUAGAAUGGUUUGCAAACAGUCAGAAAAGGUAAACUCACAAAAGACAUGCACUCACACAGACAGAUUAAAGGUCAUAAAGACACACACACACACACACCACACACACACACACAUACACACAAAACAGAGCUUACAGAAAUGGACCUACAGGCCACACAAGUACAUAUCAUGUCCAUACACUGACAACACAAGCAAACAUUUUCAGUAUUCCUGUUGAUUUCACAGCUGUGAGUUGAACUGUUGCUCUUUGUCACCAGACAAAGAUCAGCCCAGUAAUAUAAUCCUAGCAGUAACAUUCAAACCAAUUUAAACUCUAUUCUGAACUAAAUCUGUGUAUCUAUUUGUGAUUUUUUUUUUUGCUAUUGUGGCACUUAAACAUGACACCUCCACCCUUCCUUCCCUUAAUCACAUCUCACGCAGUUUAAGCCGAGCCACCAAUCCCGCAAUGCCUACCCUGAUGACAUCCUGCCCCCCCCCCCCCCUCACACCCCACUCCCAACCCAAGCCACAGCGACUGCAAGCUGUGCUAUUGGCUGAGGGAACAGUGAUUGACAGCUGUGGAGCAAGGAAGAGACUGCUUUAGACUGUGUCACAUGACUCACACCUUUUUAGCUAUCAGCAGCAGAGGAGAGAGAGAGUACCGGGGCAGGACACGCUUCUUUCUCUCUUUGGGUUCAAUGCAAAGUUUGAGUGGUUUGAAAAAUAAUGUUUUUAAUUUGUGUGACGUAAUGUGUUUUCUCAUCAGUAGUUUGUUUCAAAGUGACAUCAUGCUGGAAAGAUGCUGGACUGUUUGCUGCUGUCUCAGGCGUUGGAGCUUUAUUUUGUUGGUGAAAGUCUGAGCAGAGAAAUAAAGAGCUUUCCCUUGUA